AUGAAAACUUUACCACCGAGUAGGGUAAAGUACACCCGAAAGGGAUUUUAUAAGGGUUGUCUCCGGCGAUCGCUUCUCGUUGGUCUCCUUGGCACGUUUUUAAUAGCGCUUUGCCUACUUUACGCUGGCGAUACGAACUGGGUCCCUUUUACACCCUUGGUACUUCCCCAUGGUGGUACACAGGAUAUGUUUGUUCGCUCCACAGGGCCUCGUGUGGCGAUUCUCGUUAUGAGUAAUAGAAUUGACGAGACCCUUUGCUAUUCCGUAGGCUCAGCUUACCUAAGCGGUCUGCCCGUGGUGGUGGCCGGCUAUCGGAUGAAGUAUCGUGGGUUUCUGUCCAAAUUUGAAUUCAUGGAAAGGGCCAUCGAGAAUGCGGAGUUGCAGCCAGAGGAUGUGGUCUUUUUAAUAGAUUCAGACACAAUCUUCACGGGUGCAGACCUUAGUCCGUUCCUGGAUCGUUUCAUCGCAGAGUCGGCUGCAACACCCGAUGACCUGGACGCGCUGGCGGUGCGGCAGGGGCCGUGCGAUGGCACCCUUCCUAGCUACUGGGGAGUCUUGCUGUUGGGCACCGAGCGUAUUCAAGCUUAUUGA